CACCGCUCCCUACGCCCUGCCUGGUGCCACGUUUGUUCUCCAUCAGCAGGCCUCACAUAUAUAUGACACUACAGCUCUUUACUGAUCAGAAUUUUCUCGACGUAUGAAAAUCAACUGCGGAACAGCGUCGAAUCGGACUGCGACUUGAACUGCGACUGGAUUAAAUCUUUCAUCAUAUACGGUAGUUUCCGUCAUUUUGCACUUCAACAGUCUUGCAUAUACAUGAGAUGCACAGUGAUUUGCGGCCUAUGGAACCUGAUUUCCCCUCAUCUGGGACGUUCGUCUCAUCUAUCAAAGAGUCUUGCCGGAUCGCGACAGUGGCCGCACAUAUCAAGGUCGAAGAUGCCGCUAUCAGACGCCUCCUGGAAUCUCCGUCCUUUCAAUCCUCGUUUCAUCGCGUCUCAGGCUCUCACGGGCUUGCAUUCCCUCUCAAGUUCCCCUCACUCUUAUCAGAGCUAAACUUUUUGUCUGUUCUUUCUCUCCUGAACUUCGCUUCCGGCUAUCGAGUGCCACUUCACGAACAGACAGGACGAGGCGCAUGGGAUAAUAUACGGGCGUUUACUUUCUCUCUUUAUUUGUCCUCUGCGACAGGGCAAGGAGAUCUACUUUCUGCGAAAGGCAUGAAGACGAUGAGUGAGCAGCAAGUGGCACAACACAUGGGCGUCACGAUCCACGUCGAGCGACCUCAUGAGAAGAUCCCUGGUCUCACGGUCGGGGAACUCGGUGGACCAAUAUAUGAGCUGGUGAAACUGAUCAGCUCGACCCUGAUCGAGACGGGUCAGAUUCUGGAGACUUCAGGAUAUUCGGACCUAGGGAGCUUUAUUUUGGAGAGCUUGAAGGAAGGAGCAAAGGCUGAUCCUAGCGCAAGUCUUGGAAUCGUGUUAGAGAGGCUGGUCAGAGCUAUUCCAGCUUUCCGUGACAUGGCGGUUGUUAACGGGAAACCUGUGUACUGCUUCAAAAAGGCCCUUUUUCUUAUACAUGCAGUGAAGAUUCGUUUUGGUUCUUCGCCACCGUUUCACAUCCCCAACACAGCUCAGGCACCCGUGUUCACCGAUAAUGUUUUGCCGUCCCUUUUGGUCCAUUUGGGAGUUUUGGACCUGAGUGGCGCAACGUCUCACGAACUUCAUGAUUUGUUCCCUGGUGCCGAGAGCGAAGAUAGGAUUAACACACUCUUGGCUUCACCUCCUGAGGCUUCACAAGGAGUUGCGCAAGAUACCAAGAAAACACCCCCAAAGGAUGGUCCUGUACUCACGACGGAGCAGGCCUAUCUUUUGCGUGCGGCUGCCGUACACGCUUGCGAGAGAAUUGUUCAAUAUGCAAGGGGUGACGGACAACUCAGUAAAGAGCAAGCAUGGCUGAAAGAUAUCACAUUGCCCGAACUAGAUAUCUGGCUCUGGGCAGUAGCCAAAGAUCGACCAGAUUACAGAAAGCUGGAGAGAUUUGUUCUGCGGGGUACAGUGUUCUUUUGAAGUCUUUUAGUCGCAGUUUAGUA